CAAUAUUCCUCUCCUUGCAUACACUUCAUCCACCGCCCCUUCCACCCACAUAAAGAAUUUGCAAUUUUUACUUGGAUCCCGAAACAACAACUUCUAUAGUCACCAAUCUCAUAAUGUACGAAUUACAAAUGGGCUAGCAAAAUCUACUUUACCUUCCAAUAUGGACAGUCGUAGAAUAUUCUGCCUGACUUCCUGCUUCUGUUAGUCACACAAGGCGCAUUGUGGUAGCAAGCGACUUCCCCAAGGCUAUUUUGAGCAUUUUCGCUUCUCGAAGAGGAAGCGCCCCUUUGAGACAUGAUGAAUCUUCUUGAAGGCUUGAAUGAGGAAAUAGGAGAGGCAGUUAUGAUGGAUGCGGGGGACGGCGAGGAGCAUUGGCUACGGUGGAGGUGGGUGUGGCGCGGAACGGCGGAGUCGGGGACGGCGCGAAACAGCGGAGGCGAAGGAGCUUGGGGAAGGAAGGAGGAGGGUGAAAUGGGUUCCGGCGGGCCUGCUUUAAUCAGCGGCGGGCCGGCUUUAAUCAGUGGCGGCGGUUCAAAGGAGGCGGCGGUGAUGGGUUCUGAAAUCCUAGAUUCAAUGGGGGAAGUGAAAAAAGAAAGAGGGAGAACGAGGCUCGGGUCCCCGAUUUAAGGGUCCCGAUUUUGUUUUUUUUUUAAUGACGUGUCGUCCUACCUGUCACUGAAGUCGGAGGUGUAAGCGACAGAGAGGCUGAGAAGGCAGCCAAGUCAGCAUCUCGUUUAUUCCACUAACGGUGUCACUGACACCGUUAAAGAAUGUAAUGGAAAUGGCUAUAUUUGUCAUCAAACAUUCAAAAUUCUGGCUAUAUCUGGUAUUUCGCCAAAAAUGGCUAUUAUUGUCACAAUCGUGAAAGUUUUUGCUAUGCAAGUGUAUUUUGCCAAAAUGAAACCUUAAAAUCACAAAAGUUCCUCUCAAUUUCGAUCAAAAGAUUGUGUUGUGAGGUGUGAUUAGGCAAUUGGAGGUACGCUAAAGCAUAACCAGUAGACAAGUAGUAAAAAAGACAGUUAUCUUUACCAAAAUGACACUAUCUCAAUCUACCACUGAUUCGUCCUUCAUUCCUUCCAUCAAUUUUGAAUUGUAAUUUGUCACUAUAGGUUAAAAAACCUUUUACGCUUACAAUGCCUAAGCGAACGAGGCACUAGACAAGACGAAAACGUUUGCUUUGUGCUUAGUGCCUUCUUGAACCUCGGUUAUUAUCAGGCUCAGACCAUGUUUACAAUUUUAAUAUUUUGUAAUUUAUGGACAAUUACCAAUACCAAUAUUCUAAAUAAAUGAUUCACCUGAUUAUGGAUUAAGCGUUAUUUAGUUUGAAAAUUUAUUUCAUUUUAAAUUUAAAAACAUUGAUGUGAUCAUAUGAAAUAUAUGUUAUAAACCCACCGAAUCCACCACCCACCCAUCAUCCGCAAUCACCCAACCCACUCACAUGUAAUGCUUGGGUGGGUGUGGGUCAUUUUCUCCUUCACCCACCACGUAGUAGGUGGUUCCAAACCCAUCAAAUCUGAAUAAAACCACCCACUGCUCACCCCUACCUAUUACUCCAUCUAAAUGUGCAUUCAUCUCUGGAGGUCGAUUGUUGGAUCCUCAUUGGAGCAUGCUAGACUAUAGUAUUGUAAAGAUACUUAUGUGCACAAGGAGCUUAUUGCAAAAUGAUUUGUUUGAAGGUAAUCACUAAUACUAUCUAUUUUUUUCCAUUCUCAUUUGCACCAAACUUGUUCUCAUUUGAUAUAUAUAUACACUUACAGAAUCUGUUGAUGCAGUAGGAGUGCUAAAAGGAUGUUUCUCCUCCCCAAAGAAAGUCAAUUUCGGCCAAGCUGAUGCUGAAACUGAAGGUAACAAAGUAGUAACUUGUUAUAUUGAACUUGUUAGUUUUUUUAAUUCUUCAUAUGUUAAUGAACUCUUAUUUUUUUAAUUGUAAAAAAAUAACUCUUAUGUUUUGAAUGUGUAGAUCAAGUUCAUGGUAUCAAACUACGUGAAUAUUAAACAACCUGGUUAAUGAUAUCCUUACCAGUGAGCUGUAAGUCUCAAGUGUGAAUGUUUGACUCUGAUGUUCUGAAUUAGUUUAAUUUAUUGCUAGAGUUAGCAAGAAUAUGAAGUCUGGUUGUAACCUAUUUGGAGUUCGUUGGUUUGUUGAAUGUUGCAGGUUGUGAUUGAAUGUUGUUGACACUUGGCAUUGAUGGAGUUUGGAGUAUUAUCAAAGUUGUUGUUGCAUGUGGAGAUGAUGUUCAUAUUUAGAUGCUUUUUAUUAAGCUUACUUACGAAUGAAGACUACACAGUUUGUUUUGAAUGGUUUGAGUUUAUUAAUAUUUUGUUUUGGAUAAUUGGAUGGUUUCUUUUCUUUGGUUAGAAGUAACUUGUUUCCGGUUCAUGUUUUUGUUGACUGUUGUGCUACUGUCGCAGUCCCAGUUCCCACUGGCUAUUGGAUUUCAAUUUAUCUAUCAAGUAUCAAGCUUUUGUUUAUUGGAUCAUCUCUCUUUUUUUUUUAAUUAUUUGUUUGUUGGGUUAAUAUUUUCGUAUGGCCUGAACUUUGACAAAAAUAAACAUUCUGACCAAUCUUUGCGAUCUAUAACAUCCUGGCCCGAUCUAUACACCAAAAUAAACAAUUUGGCCAAACCCGAUGUUUGACCGUUAACUAGGACGGUCAAACGUGUUGACUAACGGUCAACGCGCCACGUCACUGCCACAUAAGUGCCAAGUCAGAAGAUCUGAUAAAUAUUUAAUUUUUUC